AUGCUGCCAACCACAGACUCGAUUUCACGAGCACUCCAUACAAACACCUCACCCCAACAACAGGAUACAAUAUCGCCAACAACAGUAACAGACCAGCCACCAGAGAAGGAAACACAAGUUCUAAACUUUGUGGAUCAAGUUCCGGAAGAAAUUAUGGCCACUAUAGCUUCGUUUCUACCCAUCGGAGCUACAUCGACAUGUCUAGCUGUGUGUCACAAGUGGAGAGGGGCGGUACUGAAACAUUUACAUAUCUGUUUUCCAUUUAGCCAUGGUGGAAAAAACAGUGUUAUUCCUUUCGCUAACAAGGAAUUUUUACAUUUGGAAUCGUUUAGAGAAUUCAAUAGUUUUUGGCUGCGUGUGGAUGAGAGUAUAUUUAUGGAUUUGAGUUGUAAAGGAAAGCAAACAUUUAUUGGAGGGACUUUGCAUCAUUUAUUGGAGCGAUUAAUAGAAUCUGUUGAUGAAAGUGAAAUGAAUGACCGUGAUGAGUAUGACCUGUCGAAUAUUGCUCUAGCAGUCAUUGCAGGUGUCAGUGGAUCCUUAGAAUUUAUGACAUUGCAGCAGAGAAAUCAAGUGUUGAGUGGGAAUUUACCUCAGUCCAUUGUUCAUUCACCAAGUCCACCAGGUCCUCUACUCGGUAGUCCAAUUUCAACUGGAGCAAACAUCACGUUUCCAACUUUAAAUAAUGGUGACAGCAUUGAAACUAUGGAUGACGAAAGAUCAACACUACCUGAGGCACAUUCCUUCCAACGUUCCUUCUUGAAGACUUUUGAAUCUUUUUUAUCAAAAUCAAAUUUUUGUCGAAUGUGUUUUCUGUAUUUGAUUGAUCUCGAUAAGGAACAAAUGGAAACCAAACAUCCAGAGACACAAAGAAAGGUGGUCAAAUUGAUGAAGGUUCUCAAUAUGUUCAUUCACUAUUGCAUUAGGAUGGACCCUAGAGAUGAAGAAAAUGACGAUAUGAUUGUCUUGCAAUUUUCUCAAUUCUUAGAUUUGUAUUUGAUCAAUGGAGGUGCUCAUGAACAAAACUCUGUCAAUCCUCUCAGUACUGUAAAAUAUUUAAAAGGAAUUCAAAUCAAACACAAUUUAUACAAAAAGUUGAUCACUCUUGAGGAACAAAAGAACAAAAGACAGUUUAGAAUUAUCAAUCGAUUUUCUACAUCUCCCUCUACAAAACCUGGUGAUGUAUUGCGAGAAACUAAUAUUUACACAAUUGGGCUCGGUGAUUUGGCAAAACAAUUAACAAUUUUACAAUUUGAGCAUUACAAGAAUUUAAGACCUUUUGAAUUUAUUGGAUUCCCUUGGAGAAAGUGUGCUCACAAGUGUCCAUCGAUUGUCAUGAACAACAAGCAUUUUGAAAAUGUUGCCAAAUGGGUAGCAUCUGAAAUUGUAAUGCCAAAGGAUGUGCAGGAGAGAGCAAAGGCGUUUAAACUCUUCAUUGAUCUCUGUUUUGAGCUAUUCAAUUAUCAAAAUUUUGAAACCAUAUUUGCUAUAUCAGCUGGUAUUAUGAGCGCUUCUGCUUUUAGGUUGAAACUCACAAGACAAGAAGCUGGAGACGAAUAUGAAGAAAAACUCGAACAUUUGAGAGAAAUUGUGAGCUUACGAGCCAACUUUAGAAUGCUGAGAAGUUUAUUAGAAUCUGUGAAAACCGAAGCAUGUAUUCCUUACUUGGGUCUUUUUCUCUCAGAUCUCAAAAAUUUGCACGAUACAUCCAAUCAGCUCAGAAAGUACAUUGAAAAGGAGAAGGAACUUUCGGAAAGUGGUGUGACAUGCGUGAAUUGGUUCACUGUGCUUCGUGAAUAUCAAAUUAUCCACCAACUGAUGUUUUGGAAACAAAAAAGUGAUGAAAAAUAUCGAUCUCUCUUUGAAAAAGAUGAAAUGAUUCAAUUUCGAAUUGAUCAAUACCUUAAACAAGCAAAGAGCUUUGAAGAAUUGUAUCAAAUAAGCUUGAAGAGAGAACCUCGUCAAAAUAAUUAG